UCACAAACACCUCGGCGGUGGAGUUAUUUUUCCUAAUAAAGAUACAUGUACAUCAUUCUAAUAUAUUUAAUUAAAGAAAGUGUAAACAGAAACGGACAAAAGUUAAGAAAAUAUUACCAAAUAAAGAUAUUAAUUGAUAAUUUGAAAGUACAGAGAAACGGAAACAAAGAGUUGUAGGGGAUUAAAAUGGCAAAGAAGAAAAGUGAUUAGGUAUAAAUUUUGAGUAAAUAUAUUUAAAGAAUCAAAUGCAAAAGGAAAAAAAAAAACUAGUCUAACUAAGCCGUUUAUUUGAAUGUUAGUACUUGCUAAACUUGGGAUUCUCUACCAUAAAUAUGAAGAUUUUUAGACAUUAAUGAUUAGCCCCAAUGAUCAAUAAAUAGAAGCAACUCGUGUUCCUCUCUAAUCUCAUUGUUCACGUACAAAUACAGAUCCUAAAAACAUUACGUUUUGUUCCUUUGACCAUGGAACUCAACCUCACUACGCCGACAUCAUGUUCCUCCAGCAGUAUCUCGUCAUCUUCGCAUGAAAUGGGUUUUUUAACCGAUACCAAAGGGAAAAUGAAAGAGAAGAUUGCGGAUGGGCAAGCGACCGAGACUCCGAGGGUAGAGUUUCGCUUUUUGUUCAACAACGACAAUAUAAGAAACUCUGGUUUUGGAGUUUUAGAUGAGGCAGAAGGGACAAAGAACGAGGCUAAAGCGAGGGUGUUUGCUUGCACCUUCUGCAAGAAAGAGUUCUCUACUUCUCAAGCAUUAGGAGGACAUCAGAACGCUCACAAGCAAGAGCGAUCAUUGGCCAAAAGGCGUAAGGAGAUCGAAAUCAACUAUCCUGGGCACUCCUUCUACAGCCAGUACCCACCAAGUGGUGUUUCCAACAGCAACAGCUCACAGUAUGACCUUGGGGUUCGUUGCAAUCCCAACAUUGGUAAAUAUAAGGCCUAUCCCUUAAACAUCUUCAGAUGUCGAUUAGGGUACAGAGGGCUUAACAUUAAUUCCCAUGUCCCUCUCCUGUCUCAACUUUCGUGCCCAAACACAGACGAUUUUUCCAUAAAUUUGAUUUCAAACUUAGAAGGCAGCAUUCAUAUGAAUAAGGAGGACCAAGGUGACAAAGAAGAUCAAUCGGACAGUGAUACUUGCAAGGAUACUGAGAUUGACUUGUCUCUGAAGCUGUAGUUUACUUUUAUUCUUAUUCUUGGUUAAACUUUAGUACUUGUUUCUUAAUUCAGCAUCCUUUCAUAUUGUGUUUUUACUCGUAAUGUUAAAGCUUAUAUUUAUAUAUACAGACUUUAAUCUCGCCAAUCUUCUCUACUAACUGAUACGUAAAAGUGUUUCUUUUCUCU